UGAAAGGGGGAGGGGGAGUUGGCUGCGUUGGAACAGUCCUCCUCUAAUGAGCAGAUUUGAGAGACACCAGUGUAAGAGAGAGAGAGAGACAUCCAAACAUAUGGGGGAAUAAGAUGACGACGGAGAAAAAGACAUCAGCAUCAUACGAAAAUCAUUCCAACAACAUGACUGAGUCAAGGAGGAACAGAAGAAGGUAAAUCAGGAACAAUGAAUCUGGUUUUCCCACCUGCAAGCGAACCGGAGCACAGGAUUUUUAUACAGAUCUGAAAAGAGAGCUGAGAGGAAAGCAGAGACAGCCACAAAACAGUGCCCAGAUAAGGAAUUAAUCACAUCAGUUUGUUUGCGAUCAAGCUGCACGCUUAUCCUGUGCUGGCGAGAGAGUGCGUAUAUAUGCAUGUGAUCGUGUGUGGAUAGAGACUGCAUUGCUGCUAGCUGACAGCGACUGAAGCUUGCAGAAUCCAUCGCUUUUUUUCUGGUUUCUCUUGCACUCUGUCUCCCUGUGUGGCAUCAGUAUGUCGGGUGGAUUUGGUACAACAGUAGGUGAGCUCCUGGCAGAAAGGAUGCGAUUGUAAAUGCUACCUGCCUGCUUCAUCCAUCGGCCAUCACUCUGAAGACUCACAGGUUUCUAGGUGGAGCCUGGUGGUCUCAGCAACUGGGAGGGGAAGUGAAACAGCUCAAAGCCCCAGAGUGGGUGAGCAGGAGUGAGGGUAGGUGUGUGCUGGCACAGGGGCCCUCUGUGGAGGCAGGAACGAGGAGGGGGCCAGAGCACCAGAACCGAGAGAAUUGUUGCUGCGUUGGUAAUGACAGAACAAGACGCAUGGCUGGCGUGGUCUCACUUUCAUCACUGAUAAGCAGCUGCAGGAAAGCAAGCAACUUGUGAAUAAAAAGCUUCACUCCUGGAGGAGGAUGGUCUGAGAGGGCUCAAGCAGCUCCUGCCUAGUUUGACAGGAGGGGACUACUGCCCGGGAGGGCUCCUCUUUUUUUCUUUUAACUUUUCGCAUUGUUUUUAAGGCAACUAAAGGGAGCAUAUACGGGUCUUUUCCUUCCCCAGCGUUCCACCAACACCCCAGCCCCAUUUCCAAGUCUGAUUUUGUUUGGGUCUUACUUCCUUUUCUUUUUCUUUUCUUUUUGAGAUUUGGGGUAUUUGCCAAAACCUAUUUCAUGCAUGUCCACUGGGGGCAGGUUCAACUUUGAUGAUGGGGGAUCAUACUGUGGAGGGUGGGAAGAGGGAAAGGCCCAUGGCCAUGGCAUCUGCACAGGACCCAAGGGCCAAGGCGAGUACGCAGGCUCCUGGAGCCACGGCUUUGAGGUGGUGGGCAUCUAUACCUGGCCCAGUGGGAACACCUAUCAGGGGACAUGGGCGCAAGGUAAGCGCCAUGGAAUUGGAGUUGAAAACAAGGGCAAGUGGGUUUAUAAAGGUGAGUGGACACAUGGAUUUAAGGGACGCUAUGGUGUGCGGGAAAGCACAGGAACCAGUGGCAAAUACGAGGGUACAUGGAACAAUGGCCUACAAGAUGGAUAUGGAACGGAGACAUACUCUGAUGGAGGUACAUACCAGGGCCAAUGGGUGGGCGGCAUGCGGCAUGGAUACGGCGUACGGCAAAGCGUUCCAUACGGCAUGGCGGCCGUCAUCCGUUCACCUCUGCGUACCUCCAUAAACUCUCUGCGCUCCGAGCACAGCAAUGGCACAGCUCUGCUGACUGGCGAUCGGGCGCCUGUGGCUGGCGUGGGGGGCGGCGGUGUCCUAGCAGCGGGCAGCCCGGCCGUAUCCCGUGGAGGCUUCGUUCUGACGGCUCACAGUGAGGCAGAGCUAUUGAAGAACAAAAAGAAGGGCCUGUUCCGCCGCUCACUCCUGAGUGGUCUCAAGCUGCGAAAAUCUGAGUCCAAGAGCUCAUUAGCCAGCCAGAGGAGCAAGCAGAGUUCCUUCCGCAGUGAGGCCGGAAUGAGUACGGUGAGCUCCGCCGCAUCCGACAUCAACUCAACCAUCAGCCUAGGCGAAGGGGAAGGUGAGCUGCCAGUGGGCGAGGACGAUGUAGACGCCACUACCACCGAGAGUUAUGCCGGCGAAUGGAAAAACGACAAGAGGACAGGAUGCGGGGUGAGCCGGCGUUCGGACGGACUGCACUACCAGGGCGAGUGGUUGGGCAACAAGAGGCAUGGCUACGGAUGCACCACCUUUCCUGAUGGCACCAAAGAGGAGGGCAAAUACAAACAGAACGUGCUUGUCAGCGGAAAACGCAAGAACCUCAUCCCACUACGUGCCAGCAAGAUCCGCGAGAAAGUGGACAGAGCGGUCGAAACGGCGGACAAGGCUGCCGACAUUGCAAAGCAGAAGUCAGAGAUCGCGCUCUCAAGGACAGCUCACGCCAGAGGGAAAGCCGAUGCCGCGAUGACGGCAGCGCAGAAAGCCCAGGAAGACUGCAGGCUGGCCCGGAUCACCGCCAAAGAGUUCUCCCCCUCUUUCCAGCACCGAGGAAACAGAGUGGAGUGCCGGCGACCCAAACAGCAGAACUCGAGCGAGAACGACGUGGAAGUUAUCUCUAGUGGGACCGCGGAUAGCACUGAGCUCUAUAUGAAGGGCUCCACGCCCCCAGACCUUACCCCAGACGUGAGCCCCACUCCCAGUCGGCCCUCCACGCCUCCCCGAAGCCCAACCACCAAAUCUUCCCACCGCACCAAAAACGCCCGCUUUCUGCGACAAACUGCAGUGGACGAGGAGCGUGGAGGAACACAAGAGAUACAGGUGCUGAUGGAGGGGAGAGGUGGUGGUGGUUCGGGUGGAGGUGGAGAGUACCUGAGGGCUAACAGUUGGAGCGAGGACAAGCGUCCCUCCCGUGGGGGCAGUAGUAGAGGUGGUAGUCGGGGCAGCAGCCGCUCCACAACUCCUUCAGUGCAAGACGAGGUACGGGUUGGGGCGGCACGGGCCAACGGCCACAAGCACUCCUCCAAUCAUAAGCCUCGAGACCGCAGUUCCUCGAAUCACAAAACCCAACGGGAAAGGAGGACAGACGGACCCUCAUCUUCCUGGACAUCUCAACGGGUACAUGUAGACAGUUUGGCUCAUUCCCGUCUCUUAGAGCAGGAUGAGGAAAAACUGAGCAAUUACGAAAUGGAGAUGAGGCCGUUGCAGCCAAUGGACUCCCAUAUCUCCCAAAAGCCCUAUGGGCAUGGGGAGGAGUGGCACAGUCACUCAGAGUCCCGUGGACAUACACUACAGCGACGGGGUAAAAAUCGUGACCGGGAACAGGUUGUCCAGGAAGCCUCAGGGCCCAGGGACGCACAGGAGGGGCCGGCUCCGGACUCAGUGCGAAAGUUGGACAGUCUACGAGUGGGGGAAAAGCUAGAGGCUCGGCCCCUCCGUAGGGACCUCACACUCUCACCCCCACAGAAAUCCCCACCUAUUGCACUAGAGCACGACGAUGAGAAUCAGUCUCAGCUCAAAGUGAACUCGGGCUCCAACUCUAUUCUGGUAGUCAUGGUGAUUUUGCUCAACAUUGGAGUCGCCAUUUUGUUUGUCCAUUUUUUUAUUUAAACUCUGCAUUGCCUAUCAAUUCCUCUUGUCCAGCUACACUAUUAUGAAAUCAAUACUAGUGUCAUCACAACUGAUCUGGUUCCGGCCCGUUUUUUAAACAAACGACCAGUGUACUUCUAUUGAAGUUACAGCAUGGACGGAGGAAGGCAACGACACAAAACUGGGCUCAGCAGUUCUGUCUGCUUUUCUGUCUCCAAAGAGCUCGUUUUGAUUUCUUAAUUUCUUUUUCUUUUCUUUUUUUAUCUGAAAUUGUUACAAGCAUCCUUUUGAACUUCUAGUUUUAUCCUAUGUAUUCAUUCACUCAUUAAUGAUGUUAUAAAUUGAUAUACUUGUUUCUCUUUUUUUAUUUCAUAUUCCUUACUUGCCUUUUUCUUGACAGUGCUGGUGGCUUUUUUCGGUUUUCGUUUGGGUUGUGUUUGGGUGUUGGACUCAUUUGAACUGUGGCUUUGGUGAGGGAGGGUGUGCAAGGUGGCGUAAGGGUGAAGGGCGACCGCCAUCAACAUCUUUUCGGGUGACGGCAGCGUUACACAGCUAUGAUGUCAACAGGUUCAAAGUGAUGGGAAACGGCCCCUGUCUAACCCCACCCGCCUCCCUCGCGCACCUCUCCUAAGCAUUGCUUAUGUUUUUCCAUGUCCUCGUUUUUUUUCACUCAUUGGAAUAACACGCCAAGUGCUCCUCUCAUUUCCUGUACACCUCCAUUUUCCUUCUUUGUGGUACGUAAACUACCAGCAGACUCCAGAAUGUCAUGGUGGGCCUGAAAUGAGAAUUAAAGACAUUUCUUAAUUAUUAAUUACAAUGGACCUAAAACGAGUCUACAAAGCUUUUUGAUGUCUAAACACCUUCGAAUUUGCCUAAAAAUGUUGCAUAUGUCGAAAAGAAGUCGGCUAAACAAGUACAACCAAAGUGGGUUAGUAAAAGUUCAAGUCUGGUAAUCACAAAGACACAGCGCCACCAGCGUUUCAGCAUCUGCAACAUUUGUACUCUGGCGAAUCUGACCUAUAUGCAUUUGGAAAAAUUCCCAGAUCCAGAAGUUAUACGAUCUGAAAAGGCUUCAUCAUUAAUCUUGCUCCAAAUGAAACUUGGAA